GUUAAAUGGUUUUAUAAAGAACAUAUUAUGGCAGUCAAGUUCUGUGUGACUUUUUUCAGUUUAAAAUUAAUUGAAGGAAAGCAAUAGAUGUAAAUUCAAAUUUUAUAACAUCUUAGCGAUAAUAAACUUUGCACUUACAUAAGGUCUCAGUGUGUCUUACAAAAGUGGGCAUUGACAUUUGUAAAAAUGGAGAAUCUGUGAUACAGAUUAAAUGAGGGUUACAGAGGAAGCUGGUGGUAUUCAAUUUCUACUUGACAAACUAAUUUAAUAAAUGCACUGUCAUAGACUGAAAACUGGCUGAAUGGCCAUAAGUACAAGGUCCUUACAAACUUUUUGUAUUUUGUUGUCAAAGGUGUUCCAGGCGUCCAUGUUAGGCCUAUUUUUAUGAAACAUCUUUAAUCUGUUUUAUCUGGAUUGAUCUUGAGUCAACUAGAUUUAAUUCAAGCAUCUUUCUGUGCCACACUAAAAAAACUGACCAACUCUCCGUCUGGGUCUGGAGAAACGGAGAUGUAGAGCAAAGUGUCGUCAUCAAAAAUACAGAUGGUUUUGCAACCCACCCACUCGUAUGUAUUAAUAAUAUUUGACAUGUAUAUUAUCAUGGUGCCAAGUGGCUUCAACCAGGUUAGUGGCCCAUUAUGCUAUGUACUAUACAAACAUAUAAUACAUGACAGUUCCUUCCCCAAAGAGCUUAGAGUCUAAAGACAGUGCAGGUGGAGGAAACAAAGACAUGGUGAUGAGGAAGGGGGUGGACAGAGAGAAUAGGGUACAAAAAUAAUAGAAUGUUUGAGCAAAAACUAGCUUUGACCAUGAAUUGUGUAAAAUUGGUAGCACUAAUCACUACUCACUGCUUUGCUAGCCGUCGUCAGAUGGCACUUUUGAAAUGAGUUUUAAGGGGAUACUUGAAGAUGGAUGUGGGAUUGGCUUUCCCUGUUUAAUGGGAGAAUGCAUGGAGACACUUAUGGGUGAAACAGACAAGCUGGCGAUUGAGGCUGGCACUGAUGUUGGAGUGGAGGCUGGGUAGCUGUUGAAAAGUUAAAAUGAAAUAUUUAGAAGUAAGAUAAGAGAAUGGAUAAAUGUGGAUCAGACUUUUUGUUGACUGAUUGUUGAGAGGAGGGUGAUGCACCUGAACCCUUCAGUACCACUCUUGAGAGAAACUUUGGGGCAAAUGGACAGACUCUCAAUGCUGCCUUCUGCGGCUUCCCAGAGAGGAAAGAAAUGAGCCAAUCCAAUGCCACUCUGUCAUUUCCUGCCAGGAUACCAUGGCAUAUCGACAAGACUUCCAUGUUCAGUUGAGUCUCAGGUUUCUGGAAGACAUGAGGGUCUGCAUGGAUAUUUGAUCUGUAUAUGUCACCAGGAGAUUGUCUUGCAACAAGACCAGAGCAAAUUGAAAGGUCAACUUUGUAGUGUGCCAACUCUUUGCCUUGCUUGCGGCUAUUUGGUUUCGAACGUACCUUCAUUCAAGCAAAACUAGCUCAUUUAUAAGACAUGUUGUUGCCACACUUUUAGGCCUUUAUCUUGCACUUUUUUGUUUUGGAUGGUAUGCCUUACAUUUUGUUGUACAAAGUGGAAUUUCCUACUAUAUCAUGAUCAUAAUAGGAGUGGAAAGUAUGCACAAAUAUUGCUUUGUUUUUGCUUUGGGAUACCUCACUAUGUGCCAAAUUACUAGAGUCUAUAUCUUUGAUUAUGGACAAUAUUCUGCUGAUUUUUCUGGCCCAAUGAUGAUAAUUACACAGAAGAUCACUAGUCUGGCUUAUGAGAUUCAUGAUGGAAUGUUUCGAAAGGAAGAAGAAUUGACUCCAUCACAGAGAUGCUUGGCUGUAAGACGCAUGCCAAGUCUACUGGAGUAUUUAAGUUACAACUGUAAUUUCAUGGGUAUCCUGGCAGGCCCAUUAUGCUCUUAUAAAGACUAUAUUACUUUCAUUGAAGGCAGAUCAUACCAACUGACACAGUCUGAAGCAAAUGGGAAAGAAGAUGUAAAAUAUGAACAAACAGAUCCCUCACCAAAUAUAGCUGUGACACAGAAACUCUUAAUCUGUGGGCUCUCCUUAUUAUUUCAUAUGACUGUCACAAAAACUUUACCUGUGGAAUACAACAUUGAUGAUAACUUCAGAGCUACAGUAUCUUUGCCCAUGAGGAUUAUCUACCUGUACGUGUCUCUAAUGGCUGCCAGACCCAAAUACUAUUUUGCAUGGACUUUAGCAGAUGCAAUUAAUAAUGCAGCAGGGUUUGGUUUUAGAGGAUAUGACAAAAAUGGAGCAUCACGCUGGGAUUUAAUAUCAAAUCUAAGAAUCGAGCAUAUAGAGUUUUCAACAAGUUUCAAGAUGUUUCUUGAUAACUGGAAUAUUCAAACAGCUCUUUGGCUUAAAAGAGUAUGCUAUGAGCGAGCUUCCUUCAGUCCUACGAUCCAGACCUUCAUCCUUUCAGCUAUUUGGCAUGGUGUGUACCCAGGAUAUUAUUUAACAUUUUUAACAGGAGUACUAAUGACAUUAGCAGCACGAGCCAUGAGAAACAACAUUAGACACUACUUUGUUGAAUCUCCUCCUGUUAAAUUAUGUUACGAUGUCAUCACAUGGAUAGCAACUCAAGUAGCAAUAAGUUACACAGUUGUGCCAUUUGUGCUGCUCUCUGUAAAACCCUCUUUCAUGUUUUACAGCUCCUGGUAUUUCUGUCUUCACAUUGCCUGCAUCUUAGUGUUGCUGAUAUUGCCAUUGAAAAGAACUCAAAAAGGAAGUAUAGAGCAGGAAAGCAUCAAGUCCUCAUGGCCCAAAAAACUAGAAGAAGAAAAUGUUUUGGGACAGAACAGUUAUUCCACAACAAAUAAUAGUUUCAAUCAGAAACGAGAAAUAACCUGCAGAUAUCCAGCACUAAAGCAAUGAUUGGGAAAUACUAUGAUGAAUAUAUUUUGUAUGUUUUCAAAACCCAUUUUUAGCACCUUUUAAAGGGGUUUGUAUUUGUUUGCAAAGGUGUUUAGUAAGAAAAGAAUGCUGUUGCCUAGGGAAUAUCAUAUACAAUAGUAAGACUGGAAACAAAGCAAAUUAACCCCUCCUAUGCCGUGUCCCUGUGGGUCAUGCCUUAUAUAAAAAUAUUACCAUUAUUUCAAUGGGCACUCAGGACUUACAACGUAUGUCCAUAGGGUCAGAUGUGUGCCCCUUUGCUGAAUGUACGUUGUGUAUCCCAAGGCACUGAUGGGGUGGAAAACAGCUGUGUCAGUCUAAAUUAACACAUGGAAAUUAACUUUUCCAAAUGAAUGACUUGCCUUAAACCCUCUAUCUACUGAAAUAUUGUUUCUAAAUGGUAAUUUCAUGUUUAAUAUUAUGUGGAAACUGUAUAACGUUGGGUGCUGUUUUAAAAAAAGACAGGACUAUGAAAUGGGAAACUGUUGAAAGGCUGUGAAUAUUUAAAAAGGUAUUGCAAUAAACAUCUCAGUAUUUGGAGGGUUUUCUUAGAUCUCAAACUAUUACAGUAUGUUGCGGAACUGUAAACGUUACCAAUGCCAAAUUAUAGCUUAGCUUGAUAAAGAGAGUCUAAUUACAAAGAGCCCUUCUGAAAGGAUUUUUUUAAAAUUAAAGAUUCACCUUUUUUGCCAGGGCUAAUAGCUCUGUUCUAGGUUUAUUUUAUUUUGUUGUUUUUAAAACACUAAGUGGACUUUGAAGCUAGAGACAAAAUGGCAGCCAUAGUAGAAUACAGAUGAAGACACUGCGCAAGCCACCAGGCUUUCCAUCAGUGAAAGUGCUUCUUACCCUCAGCUACUGGAGUUCCUUAUUCUAGCACUUAAACAUUUUACAAAUAGUGAUUUUAUAAUCUUUAAGAAGCCCCUCUGAAGUUUCUCAGACAUAAAAUGGUUAGUUGAAGGUGCUUACCAUAUCACAUAAAUAUAACCAGAUUACCUUGAGGUUGUAACUCAAGUUAAUAGAAAACAAAAGAUGAAAUCAUAUGUCAGUAAGGCACUGUAUGCUUCAUCUUGGUCAUCCAUGGCCCUUCACCCCAAAAUGCCUGUGGGCUUUAAGAAAAGCUUUUUUUUUUUAAAUUAAGAUUUCAGAUGCAGAAUUCAUACUACACUUUUAGGUAAGAUCAUGGGAGAAAGCAGUGUUCGGGAAUGUGGGACUGAUAUUUCAUUUUGAAAUUAUAUCAAGGAAGUAAUGUUGUGAUAAUAUCUGUAACAGACAUGUAUUGUGGUAAUGGCGUCUGCUAGAGAAAAAAAUGUGUUUAAAGGGCUAUGUUUUUAUUUGCUUAUAUUCUGUAUUAUUUUCAUAUGAUUUUUAGUAAAUGCAAACUGUGUUUAUCCACAUGGUGUUUUAACUUUGAAACUUGUACAAAAAAUGCCAGAGCAACAGUAAUGAAACUUAUUAUCAAACAACCGGCAAAUGAGGUGAGUAAUAAAUUUCUUGAUUAAUAUUUUGGAUCCUAAAAACUUCUUGGUUAUGCAUCUUCCAACAUUAGUUGACUGAAUAUUGUGAAUGAGUACAAAAAAGGCAAUUUUUAGCUUUUAGGGACACUAACAAGAAAAAAUAUAGUCUUCUCGUCAUCUAAAUGUCAGAAGGCUUCUUCAGCUCAGUUUCCACAGAACCUACUCUUGAGCUGGGUCAGAAUUACGUUCCCAAAAUUCCAAGGAAGAUGAAGACAAGCUUCUCUUACAUGUGGAUAUUAGCACAAAUCUAUCAAUCCACACAGCUAGGCAGAACUGAGUAUACCCUGGAUAUGUCUACACUACAUUAAAAACCCCAUGGCACUGAGUCUGAGCCCAGAUCAGCUGACUCAGACUCCCAAGGCUCAGGCUACAGGGCUAAAAAUAGCAGUGUGGAUGUUUGAGCUUGGACUGGACUGCAGGCUCUGAGACCCUCCCCCCUUGCAGGGUCUCAGGAUAUAUCAACACUGCAAUAUAAGACCCGUGGCUGGCAUGGGUCAGGUGACUCCAACUCGGGGGGCUCAGUCUGUGGACUAUAAAAUUGCAGUGUAGACAUUCGGAGUCAGGCUGGAGCCUGGGCUCUGAGACCCCCUCCAUGGGUGAGGAUGCCAAAGCCUGAACAUGUGCACUGCAAUUUUGUAGUCCUGCAGCCUGAGACCUGCAAGCCCAAGUGAGCUGAUCUGAGCGAGCCAGAGCUAACCCAUGGGUCAUAUUGCAGUAUAGACAUACCCUGAGAGAGCAGUUAACUCUGCACUUCAAAAAUGGCUUGGAUACUGGCAGUCCGUGUAACUGAAAAUGAUCACCCUUAAAAGAAAAUGAACAGAUUUGUAAACUCCUACCAUGGUUAUGCAAACAGACCACUCCAUCCACUGGGCAAUGGUUAUCAUACCUUGUUUUUCCCAAACACAUCUAUCUUUUCACAUAGUAUAUGGCUAAGGGCAGGUUGAUCUAUCUUAUUCCACAAAAAACCAGGUGCGGAUCUUACCCAUAAAUCUGUAACAUCGCUUGCAUUUUCUCUUUCUGAAAGGAUAUCAGACUAAACAGGAGACUAGUCGACAUUGAACACACUUCUCAGCUUCGUUUGGUUUGUCCCUUUCUGUUGUUGUUGAGCUGGGUCCUCUCCUUCAGAACCCGGGCCCUCUCCCAAAUGGCAUAGAGUCUAAUCUGGCACGUCAUAUACAUAUCUACAUGUAUAAGCACUACAUAUGCAAACAGAUUUGCCAGGAUGCCAAUGCAAUACAAUCUUUAUUUGGUAGCCUCAAACCAAAAUGUCUCCUUCUCCCUUAGUAAUCUGGUAUUUUCUUUUGGUAUGCACGCCAGUAGACAUCAUCACUUUUAAAAAGACAUUUGCCAUUAGUUGUGCAUUUGCAGUAACAAGAGUGAAUAUCCUGUAGAAGAAAGCACUCACAGAAUUAAGCAGGCUUCUGAUGCAAAUACAAUUUGUGCUGGCCCUUAACUUCCUGGGGAAUUGGCAUAGAUACAGUAUCAUUUAAUACUUGGAUAUGAGGGAGUAUAGAUAGUUAAGCAACUAUGUACAUGCACCAAUUGAGCACUAUCUGCAAGAUUGCUAGCUUUAAAUUGGACAUAUCUGUCUGCUUCUGCAUUUAAUGUCAUAUUUAUCACUCUUGAUUCCAAUUUGGAAUUUUGAAAUUCCACAAAUGUUACCAUUGCUGCAUAAGAAACAAAAGAAAAUGAAUUUCAUUAGUCUUGGGUAGAAUUAGUACCCUUAGAAUUUUAUCUCUUUGUAAUAUGCUCAUCUGUGAACAUGAAAAUACAUAGAGCCAAAUUCUGCUCUUAGAUGAGAAUACCUCCUAUUGAUUGCAAUGGGAGUUGUGUAUGUUUAUCUCAGGGCAGCCUUCAGUCUUCAUGCUUUAUACUGUUGCUUUCUCUGCUUUUUGUUACUUACUUUGCUAUAACAAAUUAAAAAUACCAAAUUCUGUUUGUGAAUUAAGUUCAAGAGCAGCCUUCAGUAAAUUUAAUUAUUUAAAGGUUAUUCAGAUAAGAAAUAUUUAAGAACAGUAUUUCACUUUAAAGGCUUAUGUAAUCUUUUUAGAUGGCUAUUUUAGUGAUAUUGUAAUCUUUAAGAAGAAAUUUGAAGUUUAUCACAUACAAAAGUCAUCUGCUUUUAAAUAUUCAGUCUCAUUUUAUUUACUGCCUCAUAUACACAUUAGAUGAGGGAUUAUAUUGAAUUCCAAUUAAACAUUUUUAUGAGGGCUAAAUAUAACUCAUCCUUGUUUGUAAUGUUAUGGUGCUUUUUAGACAGUUGCAUAUUGAGGACAGUUCUUCUGGGCACUUAAUGAAGAGUUAAUGCUCAUUUUUAAAUGUAGUAUCCCUCAUAGUAACUGUUCACUAAUUAUUUUUAAUAUUUUACGCUUAUGCAUUCGUUGAAGAAAAGAAAUUUAAAGAAGAAUACUUUGAGUGGUGCCUACUACUGUCACUAGAGUGAAAGAUCUGUUAGUUUUAAAAAUGUAUAUAAAUCCUGUUUUAUUCAGCCAUAGACAUUUCAACAGACACUUAUCAUACAAGAUUUCUGCACAGGUAAAGGUUUUUUUAAAGGGACAUGUGAAAAGAUAUUUUCUUUAAAAAUAGUCUUGUCUAUUUCAAAUAACACCUUAAGAGAGAAGAUGUUCAAAGAGAGGUGCAUAUAAAUAAUUGCAUGUGCCCUGGUCUACACACAGAUUUUGUAUAAGCAUUUUGGUUAACAAUGUGGCUAUUUUAUCAAAAUACAUAUAUGGUAACACCUAGAGUGGACUCCAUUAUACUGCUAGUUUAUAUAAAAGUGCUUAUAACACAGUAGUUUAUUCCUCUGCCCUUAGGCGAAUAAGCCAUACCAGUAUAAAAUCCUUUAUAUCAAUUGAAGUGCAUCCACACUGGGGAGAGAAUUAUACCAUAUUAAUAAUACUGAUAUAGUUAUAGUACAGUACAACUGUUAAGUAAAGACAAACCUAAGUACUAAGAUAUCAUGGAUGAAAUCCUGGCCUCUUUGAAGUCAAUGGCAAAACUCCCAUUGACUUUAUUGGGGCCAAAAUUUUACCCCAUGAGUGCAAACUGUAUAUCAGCAUACACAUAUGGCUACCUCUUCUCCAUGUGUGCAUGCAAGUAUCUGAAUAUGGGCUUACAUAAACUUUAAAAACCUGGCCUUAGAUAAAACAUAAAGAAGUUUAAAAGUAUAAUGUAAUUUCCUCCUCAACAAUCGCAAUGUUUGUUAAACUUUGCUUUGUAACUACCUUGGUGUGUUUAAUGUUUCUAAUUCUCAUUGGGGUUAUGUGAAAUCAGCCUUGAAAAUUUCAAGGUUUUUCCUAAAAAUAGAUGUGUUUUCAAAUGAAAAAUUGAAAUGUUGCCUUUUUUCCUGAAAAUUAACCAAUUUUACAAAAUCACAAUUAAAUGUGAAGUUUUCAGAUUUAAUGGAAAAUAUUUUACAUCCAUAGUUCUCGUGCAUUAAUAUUCCAGUUGUAUACAGCAUUUAAGUACAUGUUUAGCCUCAGAUAUGUUCUUAACCCCAUCCUUAUUCAGCACAGCACUUAGGUAUGUGAUUAAAUCCAACUGAAGUCAAUGGGACUUAAUAACUGUUUGUUUGAGAUGAAGAAUGUGCCUAAGUUCUGUGCUGAAUAAGGAUGAACUUAAGCAGGUACUUAAGUACACUGCUAAAUUGGGGCCUUCCUCAAUGAUGCGGUGUUUCAAACAGAAAAACUGCAGGGGGUGAUUAAUAAAAUAAACUAAAAUUACUUUUUAAUAUUUUAAUUUCAUAGAUUUCUGAUUAGAUUUUUGUAUUUCUUUGGUUACCAAAACCUGCAUUUCAAGCCUAUUUGUAUUCCCUUUAACAAUAUUUUAAAUUCUUUUGGAAGCAUUUUGGUUACAGAAGAGUGCAAAAGUAAGCAAAUAACUGUACCAGUAAGUUGGCCAGUUCAUCCUCUUGUAUCUUUCUCCAGGCUAUUAGUCUUCAAUGGAUUAGUCCUGGUUUAGUAUUUUAAAAAUAAAAAAUGACAUGUUUUCAUAAUUUAUUAUGUAUAUCCUUAUAAAAUUGUGAAAAUGCAACUCUCUGGACCGAGAAACUGUUAUGGUCUGUGGUGUGCAUAACCAUAUGUAAGUGUCUUUAUAACUAUUUACACAAAACUAGUUUGUUCCCCUCGGAUCAUAUAUCAUACACCACUGAAUUAAGUUCUGUUUUUAUGCUGCUACUUCAAAGAAAAGAUAAACCUCAGAAUGUCAGUCACAUUAAGGUCUGAAUAAAAUGUAUGAAAGGACUCGACUGGGCUGUGGCAAAAAUGAUCUCCUGAUCAGUAUCCUAAAGUGAAAAUAUAACUGUUAAGCCAGAAUCCAAAUGCAAAGUAAAGGUCUCAGCUGAAGUUUCAAAACAAUCUCCACUUAAAGAUUGCCCGCAGCCCAGUCUUUGAACACAAAAUUUGACUUCCCAUUGCCAAAUUAUUUGAAUGGAAAACAAUGUAGGGCUGCUUUCAGGUGGACCUUUUCCAAUUGCUCCAUCAGAGAAGGGAAGUGAAUAAGGAAAGGAGAUUUUGGAGAAAGAGGUUUAAUUCACUGAGAUAUUGACCUGGCAUGGGAACUAGACUGAGUCAGGAAGAACACCCAACUUGGAUUCAUGGUAGAGUUCUUACCAAAAUUUACAAUGUGAGCAGACGCCAUUGGUUCAUCCAGGGUUAUGAUUUUAAUUCUCUUUCCUCCAAACCCUGAAAAGGGUUUGUAUGUCCAACUAAUUACAAUCACAGCUUAAUGAAACAGAGUGCCAAGUACUGGAAAUCUCUAAACAGUAUGGCAUAGCAUAUCAAUGGUGCAGCAACAUUUUGUCACAAUGGGUUAAAGAAAAGGAUAUUUGCCUACAGGUUUCUUUUUUGCCUUUUUGUGUGUUUCAGUUCUCUUAACUUUUUUUUUAUUAACAAGUUUCUCAUUUCAUACAAGUUUUCUUGACCAGUGAUAUUGACUAUUUCUAUGAAGAGUCUUCUGACACGUCUUAGAGUGACAAAUGGUGUAAUAUGAUUUAGUAGUUACUAGGUAGUUAUUUUUAAAUUCCAGACCUCAAGAGUAUUCUAGAUCAGUUAGAAAAGAAAAUUCCAAAUGUAUUGAAUGGAAACUAGUUUAAGUCAAGAUGGGUGAACAUAGCAUUAUUCAAACAAUAUAAGAUGAUGUAAUAAAUUAUUCAAUUUAAGAAUCUAAAAUAUGAAAUUUAGUUCUUUCCUGUCUUGGUUACAUAUUUAAAGGUAUAUUAUUUACCUCAGUGCAGACAUAGUUAUGCACCCAAAUACCCACACAGAGAGUUGAGAAAAUAGGCCUAAAAGUGGAUAGUUAUAUGAGUAUUCCUCAACUUGCCUUUUCUGGUUCAGAAUAUAAUGCAUUGUCCGUGAAUUUCAUUUUUAUUAUUCCAAAAUAUAUAUUUUUUAAAAAGUGUUAUUUUUCAACAGAUCCAUAAACCUAGAUCUUGAUGUAUGGUAAAUUAAAAUACCACUGUGUUAGUUACACUGUUAUGUGAUAUUUUAAUAAUUACUCAUUUCUAAUUUGUCUCAGCAUUGCUGCACAGGUAGCAAGUUGUUAUGUUUUAAAGGUGUUUUUAACUUGCAUAUAAAUGUUUUCUAAUUUGUGUCUUUAAAAUCUGAUUAAACAGUAGUUUAAAGAAA